AUGGCAAUCCUUCCUUUCCUUCCCUCCCAUCACUCACCAACGCACUAUCCUCUCAUUCGCUUCAUUCCUCGCGAUAUCAGACAUGGAGUCUCUCAUCAGUGCCAGGCAUUCCUCUGUCUUCCUCGCCAUUUUCCUUGUCUUGUCAGCCCUGGCCAACGCCAAACUUCACGAGCACGAGUUCGUCGUUCAAGCAACUCCAGUGAAGAGGCUGUGCAACACCCACAACGCUAUCACAGUGAACGGCCAAUUGCCGGGCCCAACGUUGGAAGUUAACAAUGGAGACACGCUGGUCAUCAAAGUCACAAAUAAAGCUCAGUACAACUUGACCAUUCACUGGCAUGGAGUGAGGCAGAUAAGAACUGGGUGGGCGGAUGGGCCAGAAUUUGUGACGCAAUGUCCCAUUCGUCCCGGGGAAAGCUACACCUACCGUUUCACUAUUCAGGGCCAAGAAGGGACUCUGUGGUGGCACGCCCACAGCUCCUGGCUCAGAGCCACUGUAUACGGAGCCAUCAUCAUACAUCCAAGGGAGGGCCGCCCUUACCCUUUCCCCAAGCCUCACCGCGAAUCCGUCGUUCUUCUCGGGGAAUGGUGGGACGCAAACCCCAUCGACGUUGUGAGGGAGGCCGACCGAACAGGAGCAGCUCCCAAUAUCUCUGAUGCUUUCACUAUUAAUGGCCAACCUGGUGACCUUUACAAGUGCUCUAGCCAAGACACAACCAUUGUUCCAAUAGACUUCGGCGAGACCAACCUCCUCCGGGUGAUCAACGCUGCGCUCAACCAACCCCUUUUCUUCACCGUUGCCAACCAUCAGAUGACGGUGGUCGGCGCCGAUGCCUCCUACCUAAAGCCCUUCACCACGAAAGUCCUCAUCCUCGGACCCGGUCAAACCACCGAUGUGCUAAUCAGAGGUGAUCAGCCGCCUUCCAGAUACUACAUGGCGGGGCGUGCAUACCAAUCCGCCCAGAACGCACCGUUCGGUAACACCACCACCACCGCCAUUCUCCAAUACAAAUCGGCUCCCUGCUGUUCCUCAAAAGGAGUGUCCAUUAAGCCACUGAUGCCCUCCCUGCCUGCGUACAACGACACGAACACCGUCACUUCCUUCAGUAAAAGCCUCCGAAGCCCCAGGAAAGUAGAAGUCCCCACAGAGAUCGACGAGAACCUCUUCUUCACAAUUGGUCUCGGCCUCAACAAUUGCCCGCCCAAUUUCGGGUCGAGUCGAUGCCAGGGACCCAACGGGACCCGGUUCGCUGCCAGCAUGAACAACGUGUCUUUCGUGCUUCCCAACAAUAUCUCCAUCCUGCAGGCUCACCACCACGGGAUUCCGGGAGUCUUCACCUCCGACUUUCCGGCCAAACCUCCGGUGAAGUUCGAUUACACUGGCAAUGUGAGCAGGUCCCUCUGGCAACCCGUUCCGGGGACGAAAGUAUACAAGCUGAAGUUCGGAUCCAGGGUGCAAAUUGUGUUGCAAGACACCAGCAUCGUGACUCCCGAGAACCACCCGAUCCAUCUUCACGGGUAUGAUUUCUAUAUUGUGGCACAAGGGUUUGGGAACUUUGAUCCGAAGAAAGAUACUUCGAAGUUCAACCUUGUUGACCCCCCUAUGAGGAACACGGUGGGCGUUCCGGUGAAUGGAUGGGCAGUUAUUCGAUUCGUUGCCGAUAACCCAGGUGCUUGGAUUAUGCAUUGUCACUUGGAUGUUCACAUCACGUGGGGUUUGGCGACGGUGCUGGUGGUGGAGGACGGGCUUGGGGAGCUAGAAGCCUUGGAGCCUCCUCCGGAGGACCUGCCUCUCUGCUAGGAAUGAUCAGAACGAUUAAAUUAGUUAUUUAAAUAAUGAGGAUCGUCGAUUUUUCCUAGUUUGGAAAGUUCAUUAUUUUUGUUUCCCUCCCUGCAUUUGGGGAGUUUCAUGGCUCCUUUUUGUUCUGUUUCUUUGUUCCUUUUUUUUUCCCCCACUAAAAACACAUAGAUAAAUGGGAUUUGGAAGGGAUGGCAAUGAUGUGAUUGAAGACAGCGUGCCAUCUGAUAUAUAGCCAUAAUCCCCCACUUGUUAAGGUGAUCCUGGAUCAAUGAAAUAUUGUUUUCCCCCUUUAA